AAGUUUAACACUCUACUCACUUCAACGAAGAGACCAGACAAGAUGGUGUCUUUCCGCACCUCAACGAUUUUACUUGCCGUUUUCAGUUUCUUGGCUUGUGUUCACCUUAACAAAUCCUUACUGCCAAUCCGCCUGGUGAACGGAACAAGACCAAACGAAGGUCGCGUGGAAGUGUACUACAAUGGGACAUGGGGAACCAUCUGUGAUGAUAGCUGGGCAUCAUCAGCACCAUGCUGCGGUAGAUUUGGUCAAGGAAAUGGUCCUAUUCUGAUUGCCGAUGUCCAUUGUAAUGGAUGGGAAAGCUCUUUGGGACAGUGUUAUUAUCAAGGAUGGGGUAUCAAUUACUGUUGGCACAAUGAAGAUGCUGGUGUAGUCUGCGGUGGAAACGCGUCUGUAGCAACCACUUUCCGGCCAAUAGUAACAACGUCUUCUCCAGCCCUUGUCCGACUGGUGAACGGCACAAGUCCAAACGAAGGUCGCGUUGAAGUGUUCCAUAAUGGGCGUUGGGGAACUGUCUGUGAUGAUGGAUGGAAUAUAACAGCAGCUAAUGUGGUGUGCCGUCAACUAGGAUUACCUCCUGCGUCUUCAGCACCAGGCAACGCAAGAUUUGGACAAGGAUGGGGUCCCAUUUACAUGGAUGAUGUUCGCUGCUAUGGAUGGGAAAGAUCUUUGGCACAGUGUUAUUUCCGUGGGUGGGGUAACCACAACUGUGGCCACGGUGAAGAUGCUGGUGUGGUUUGCGGUAGCGCCCCGACCACUGAUCCUUGCGAUUAAACGCUUUAAAAUGCUCAAUGUUAGAGAAACUUAUAUAACUAAAGAGAUAACCAUUAUGGAACAAUACUAGUUUGUAGUAAUUGAAUAAAUGUUUCUUCAGAAGAAAAUUMAAAGUU